AUGCCUCCUAAUACGGACCCGGAUAAUGACAACAACGUGAGCCCGACGCCUCUGCUGUUCAACGAUGUGUAUUUCAACAGUUGGGUGAAGUCGCUACCCCCGUCCCCGCCGGUAUGGGCGCCGUUCACCCGCCUUCCAUCCGAAUUGCGUCUACGCAUCUGGCAUCUUGCUCUCCAGCAACACCGCAUGAUUGAGUUCGAUCUCCAACCUACCGCCGACGAGGCCAAUAUUCCGAACUACGCUGACGACAACGAUGGUCCCCGGUAUGCCGACCGUAACCAUCUCGGUCGAAUUGUGAGCAGCCGGAAUCCGAGCUACACCUGCAGUCUCCGGGGCCGCGGAUCUUUUUCGCCGACCCUCAGCGUACUCCUCCGCGUCAGUCGCGAGGCACGGGCAGCUGCGCUCAGCUUCUAUCACAUACAUUUGCCCUUAAGUACAGGUCAAGUCCUCUAUCUAAGCCCAGAGUACGACGUCGUGUACAUCCGACGGCCAAUCGUCUACGAUCGGAACCCAUUGAAUACCAUGCUCGUCGAUUUUUUACACGACGCCCGCGCGUACGAUUACAAGGACCACGGAAUUCGCCACCUCGCAUUGGACGUAGAGUUUCUCCGCUACCUGAUCGGUUUCUGGCUUGGGUCCGCACAUUUGCACCCGGAACUGCUCCACCCAGCCGCAGCAACGUCGUUCGCCGAUAUCCUCCGCCAUAAGCUCCGUUCCCUACUCUGCGUCACCCGCUUCCGAAAUUCGAGCAGGUACAAGGGCUUCCCCACGAUCGGGGGUUGCGCCCGCAUUCACUUCGCCCAAACGUUCCCCCUCCGUCGACGAGGUCAUAGCACAGGGGGCUUCCACUGGCUCCAAGCCGACCCGCGACCUGGAGUUGAGCUCGACCUCCGCCAGGUCCUUCUCCCAGAUGAUCCCCGUUUCCUGUUGCAGAACUGGCGGAAAAUGGAACACACUUUCGGGGUGACGAGAAAUCAGCAGCCUACCCGCCGAGAAAACGAUGACGACGGUGGCUCUUGUUCCUUUUAUAUCUGCCCCACCAACCCUUGGUCAAAACCACUGCCGGGGCAUUUCGUGAUCGAUCGAGCGGCGGCGCGAGAGGCGGCGGCAGAGGCAGAUGCUGUGUGGUCGCGGGACGAACUAGCGCAGUACCUCGAAGACGAGGAGAACACUUGGUAUAAGGUGCGCUGGGAUUGGGCCCGCCUCAUCCCGAUGGAGUACCGUGGGGCCCUGCACCAAUCUCCAAAGUAUCACUACAGCUCUGAAGAGGAAGCCGAAAUGUUCAAGGCAAUGGAGAAGCUGCCCUGUACCACCAUCGGCAUGUGGCUUUUCCCUGCGGAAGCUCUCCCAGAGCCCACUCAACCUCGGAUACACGCUUUCGACCUUUCGGCCCUCCGCCCCAGCUUACUUUUAUUUCAAGUUUGA